AACGAACUAGUACAUCCUACGGCAGGUUUGUCAGAUUAUUGAUGCGGUGGUUUGAAUCACGUUUGAAUUGAAGUGCUAAGCUGUGCAUAUAGUUUUAUUGGUCCUAGAUUAGCCCCAGUAAAAAUAACUAAUCUAUGGACCUUUAAAUUUUGUAGAAAUAUAGUGAAAUAGGUGUGAUAGUGUGCAAAAUAAGUAAUCAUGGUUUUGGCUGAAAGAAGUAAUGAUGUUCGAAACGGGAAGCGUUCGAGAGGGCCAAGCCCGAAUGGUCACGGCAGCCCUGAUUCUAGUUCUGAAGACGAAAACGUAGUGCCAUUUGCAGCUGAAAAAAUAAGAGUGGGGCGUGAUUACCAGGCAGUUUGUCCUGAGUUGGAACCCUUGGAGCAAAGAAAACCUGAUCAAAUAUCAGACAGAGCUUUACUUGUUUGGUCACCAACUUCUGAUAUAUCAGAUAUUAAAUUGGAUGAGUACAUUACUAUAGCAAAAGAAAAAUAUGGUUAUAAUGGUGAACAGGCACUAGGUAUGUUGUUCUGGCAUAAGCAUGAUCUCAAUCGAGCUUCCAUGGACCUUGCUAAUUUUACACCCUUUCCUGAUGAAUGGACAGUGGAGGACAAAGUGCUGUUUGAACAAGCUUUUCAGUUUCAUGGUAAAAGUUUUCACAGAAUAAGACAAAUGUUGCCAGACAAGUCAAUUGCAUCACUAGUAAAAUAUUAUUAUUCAUGGAAAAAGACAAGAGCUCGUACAUCUUUGAUGGAUGUUGUGAGUGAAGGUCGUAAUCCUACAGGCUCUGGAAGUGGGAAGAGAGAAUCUGGGGCAGGUUCAGAACCAGGUGGUUCAGAUAAAGAUUCUGAUAAUGAUGAAAAGAAGUGGACUUUACAUCGUGGUAUUGUCCGCGGAGGCAAGCCUCUGCCGGGCGGCGGGCCCUCGCUUCGCGCCGGCCAGCAAGGCGAGGGCGAGGGCGGCGGCGAAGCGGGCAAGUGGUGCACCGUCUGCGGCAUUCUGUGCUCGCAGACCACGCCGCACAACUCGCACAAGUUGUGCCAGGCAUGCCUCGUGCACGCCAGACGCACCGGCACGAUGAGACCGCUGUGCGGGCCCUCGGGGCGUCGCGGGCCCGGCUCGAAACAGCAGCGGUACAAGCACCGCCUGCCGCGAGGCAUUUACAUCAAUCACGACGAUCUCGUGGCCAUGGCCACCGGCCCGCAGCCCGGCGAGCCCGCGCAGCCCGGCCUUGUCAAUCAGGGGGAGGCUAUGCUCAAAGCCAUGGACAGAGAGAUUAUCUCGCUCAAGAGACAAGUUCAACAAAAUAAACAGCAGUUAAGUGCUAUGAAACGCAAAGUAGGAGAUGCAGGCGUAGAGGAGUUGCGACCCGGCGAACCGCCCGCAAAGAUUAAUUCGCGCUGGACUAAUGACGAAUUACUGAUGGCAGUCACGGCUGUCAGAAAAUAUGGUAAAGAUUUCCAAGCUAUUGCUGAAACACUGGGCACUAAGACAGAAGCACACAUCCGCACGUUCUUUAUUUCCUAUCGCCGUCGAUAUAAUCUAGACGCAGUCCUGCGAGAGCACGAAGCUGACCGCGGGAGCGCUAAUCACAUACAAGCUGCAGGUACAACAAGCACAGAAUCUACUGACAAUGAUGUGGAUAACAGUAAUGCCAACAAUGGUACCGGUUCUCCACAAACAAAUACAAAGGAUGAGAAAACCGAAGUGGACAGCGAGGGCGUCGCCAUCGGCGCGUCUGCGGAGCAAGGCGGUCCGCCCACCACGCCGCCCAAGCACAAGCCGAGCAAGUGAUGCCGCCCGCCGCGACCCCGUCCGCAGCGCCGCGCACACACGUAGCCUCAUCUCUCGACACUAUCAUCACAGCGUACACAAACACUACAGUGGGCCAUCGCCUUUGAAGUCACGCGAAAUGCGGCAGGGUUGUCAUAGGGUUGUAGUUUUUUUUGCGCUGUGCUAUCAUCAUCUAUAACAGUCAUUUGACCGUGGAACUAAUUCUAUUUAUACAUUCAGUAUAAAAAAUGUGCUUUAAGGUAAAUCAUAAAAAAUAUUCGAAAAUACUUUGUGUAUGCUUUCUAAAAAAUGUUGAAUAUUGUUUAAACACGAUUAAUGUUUUAUCACAUCAUUAUCAAAAAUAACUUAAUAUGGCUAGUGUGUUGAAGGCUAAAUUUUAUAUAUCAUUCAAUCGAAAUCAAAUAUUUGACACACCCUUAAAGUCAUAAGAUCAUCUGUGUCAGAAAUUAAAAUGUCCAUUAGCUUGUACAUUUUAUUUUCUGUUUAAUAUAUUAUAUCAAAAUAAUGUAUUUAGGGCAGUGCUAAAUUAUAUGUCUAGUAAUUUAAUGAUCUUAAUCUUCAAUAUAUAUAUAUAUAUAUAUAUAUCCGUAUAUUAACGUAUUUACUCGAAUAUAAGGAGUUUCCAGGCAUACUGAUCAUAUUGAGUUGUUUAUAACAAAUAAUGGAAUAAUUUGCAUUUCAUAAUCGUUGUUUGCAAUGUUAAUUGAGCUAUUAUCAAAGCACCAUUUUGAGAAGUAUGUGUCUCAUACAUUUUACAAUGAAUGAGGUAAUAGAUGCAGAAACUCAUAACUUCGUGUAAGAGUAAAAUUCUAAAUGUAUACAUACAUCAGCACUAUGUCUUGACUUUUUAAACAAUGAAUAUUUGUUACGUAAUGUAAAUAGUAAUAAUUAAAAUAGUUAUUCACAUAAUUUUUUAUAAAUUUUGUGUGUAGUUGUUUUAGAUCAGAAGUAACAAUGAAUAUAUCUUAAAAAUAAUUCUUAUUUAUUUGACGAAAUUAAUUUUGAAGAGUCGACAUAUAUAGAGCUGAAAGUGAGGUUAGUUUCGAUAACUAUAUGAUUUAUAGUACAUUCAAUUUCGUCCACUAGAUAAUUUAUUAUAAGACAAACCAAUUUACAUAUUGGAUACAAAGCAUUUAGUUUUAAAUGUUUUAAUUGAACAAUAGAUAUUGUUUAUAAUAGUGGCAUUGAUUUAAUGAGAUUUAGAACAGAUUAUUUUAAAAUUAUAAUUUUGUAAAUGUACAAAUUAUGAGAAAAUUUAAGAGAGAGUAGCACAUGACUAAUAUUAGGUCUCAAAUAUUUUAAAAAUUAGGAUUAUUUCAAAGAAUAUCAAAUCAGGUUUGCUAUGUAUUGUAUUGGAAGUCGUGAAAUUAGUGAAGAUGGUAUACGCUUUAGGAAUGGAAUAAGGACUUGUACAUAUAGAUUACUUUUAAUAAUUAAAGCCAUUAUAUAUGAUAGUUGAAUGGUUAAUGGUUAAGGAGUUUACCGUUAAGCAAUACUUUACUUUACUAGAAUGUAAUGGAUAAGUUGAUAAUUAUUAACUAUUUAAAUCGAUAUUACAAGGUUUCUUACAAUACUUCAAUGUAUAUUUUUAUGUUAAAUGACCAUAAACCAGCAAUAAAUUAGAAUAAAUAAAAUCAUUUAUAUGGAAUUUCACUAUAAUUGUGCAUAUAUAAUUUUAUAUUAUACAUACGCAAUUAUAUCAUGAUAAUAAUCCUUAGAAGGAAACAUUUAAUAACUGGUUCAAUAGAAAUGUACAGAUUGUACCACUGUAUUGUAUAUAGAAAUGUGUAUAAUGAAUGAAUUGUAUAAUAUAGACAUAGGCCUUCAUUAUAGUACAUAAUAAUGCUUUUAUUGUAGAAAAUAUCAAUAGGUAUUUCUAUGGAGAAAACUGAGCGACUGUAAUCUUGUAAUCUUAAUCAGAGAUCUCCAAAAAUUUGCCUCAUGCUUUGUUUUAUAUAAAACAGUCAGUAAAAACAGUUUGUGACUGUAGCAGGGUUGCAAUAAUGGCGAUUUUGAAUUAUCAAAAUCAAUUAUGAUUUCACGCUUAGUGCUAGUAUAAGUAUUAAGUUACCUUUCUACAAAAAGAAAAUUUGUAUAGUGUAUAGUUGACAAAAAAUUAAAUGUCAACAAAACUAGUUGAAAUUUUGUGUAAUAAUGGUGACUUGAAUAUUACAAAUGGUUGCUAACACAUUCAUUGUCAACUAUUUCAACGAAAAAGUAUCAUUAGUGAUGCCAGAGAAAGGAGAAAUACAAAUAACAAAUUAUAAUAGUAUUUCUAAUAUCCUUUACCAAUUGUGUUUGUUGAUGUUUAUGAACAUAGUAUUAAUUUUAAUACUUGCAGUUAUUGCUUAGGUUUGAAAACUUCUACUACGAAGUCUAACAUAGAUGCUAAUUAUAUUAGUGUGAUUUUUAUACAUUCUAAAGUUGAUUAGUUUAAUACAUAAAGAUUCAUAAAUUAAGGUACAUUUUGAUCCAUAACCCACUUGCCUUAAUCACACACCUCACAUAUACUCGCAUGCUUAAAGUAAUUUAUACUAUAUUUAAGUAAUAUUUAAUAUCAAUUUUCUAAAAUUUUAAAAUAUUGUCUGUAAUGUUUUUAAGAGGUAGCUAGAAUUUUUCAUGUCGUAUAUCAUUUUAAAUAAGUCCAAUCGUUCUCAGUUUUUUAGUUAAGCUAAAAUGAUAGACAUUUCGUAUAGUAAGAUUUUAUUCGACAAAACACAGUUUAAUUGAAGUUAAAAUUGAUUUUUUUAAAAUAACAAACCAAUACCGAAAUUUGUAAUAUACUUAAUAAAGCUUAUGAAUAAUUUGAAAUAAUGUAAUAAAAGCGUUGCCAUAUAAAUAAAUAGUUAUACUUGAUUUAGAUGGUAUAUACUUGUCAAUGAUUUCGCAUUUAACUUAUAAAAACAUGACAGCUUCUUAAAAAAAACCGCUCAUUACUCCAUAAUUGAAUUUUGUCCUUAUAUAAUAGAUUAAUUUAAUUCUUAGGUACUGAAAAUAUAGAUGAUAAAUAUUGAAUAUUGAUGAUAUUUUUGUACACCUAAAAGACAUGUCAUUUCAUACAAAACUUAAGAUAACUACGACUUGAGAUUUAAAUUUUAGCUUAGAUUUUAAGUUCCUUUUAAUGAUCACAUUAUUGGAUUAUAAUACGUUUACGUUAAAAGCAUAAUCUUUACUAGUUUUAAUAUUCUUACAUCACUGAUAAGAUGAUUGGUUUUACAGAGCCGAGAAUGUGGUUACCAUAUGUAGAAUUUGUAUUCAUUCUGAUUUAUAUUACUUUUGUAUAUAAGUAUUUGAGUAUGAAAAUCAAUUUCGUAUUUUUCAAACGCUCUAAAUUAAUUUUGGUAUCGAUAAAUAAACUGGUAUUUCUUUAUGUACAUUCAUAAUAUUCCGCCUAACAUUGCGUUAAGCAAUAUUUUUAAUUCUUAUUUGUAUAUUAUUUACGUGUAAGUUUUUACGUCUUAUUGUAAUAUGUCGGGGACAUAUCGAGCGAAUUCUUGAGAAAAUUGUAAUAAUCUGAUAAUAAAAAAUAGGUAAAUAUGACUUGGUGGUGUAAUUUAAAUAAUUUUCUUGAUUUUUCAUUUCAGUAACAAUAAUAACGCCUGUUAUAAUAUUUUUGGAUUAGAAAUACUUUCAAUAUUUAGAUUUUUUUUUAAAUUGAUAUUUCGUAAAAGUUAGUCAAAAGUAGUUUAAUUUUAUUUUAGCGAUAACUAUAAUAUUAUUUAUAUUUUAUAUUUAAGAUUUUGGUAAUGGGUUUCUUUUCCUCUCGGAACAUUGUAAAUAUAAAAUAAAUAUCGUAAUCAUGUGCCUCGUGGGCACGGACCGUUGGUGGUCUCUGACGACAUUAUUUGAAAUUAAGUUUAUUUCAAAUGGCACACGCAAACCUAAUCGCUCCAAAGAAAUCCACAGAAUGAAGUCAUCUUAUUUAUUGAUGCUAAUUAGAACUAGUAGAAAAUUUUGUUACAGAAUUAAAUUAUUUUUAUUAGAAUAUUAUGUGUUCUGUAUAUGAAGCAUAUUGAUCAGUUAUAGUUAUUAAAUGUUCUUUUAAUUUUUAAGUGUAAGCUCAAAACAUCUGUUUGCGACUCUGUCCGGGCAGUGCUUUUAUCGAUUUAUUAUUUUCUAUGAAUUUCUAACAUUCGUAAUGUUUCAAUUUAAGUAUAUUAAAUAAACAUAAGUCUGUAUGAA